UGCGCCGCGGAGAGGUCGCGUCACAACACGCACCGAUUUUCCGUACACGCUCUUAAUAUUUAAUAACACAAAACUGUCAAGUAUCAAACUCGUCGAUGCAUAAAAAAUUAAAUUUGUGCUACACAAAACGGACAAUUAUUAUACAAUAAAAUGGACUUUAGUGAAGUGAAAUGUUAGCAAGUUUUUAUCCUUCGUUUGAGUGGUCUACGUUCCUAGUUUCGGAAAUGGUGAUAUCGACCCACGGAGAGUGUUUAUGAGACGUUCAUUUGUGGAAAAAAUAUGUCUGUGAUAAUGUUCAGUGUAACGGCUGUGCUUUGUGCGUUGCUACAACUCGGAUCGGCCGUGUUCCCCUACGGCUCAGACAAAUGUGUGCGAGUAAACGAAAGAGACUCUGAAAGUAGCGUGCUGUGUAAAAUAAGGACUCUUGAAUCUGAUGGCAGUAGUAUAACUUCAGUGUCUACGGAUGUACAUCGUUUGGCUAUUGAGUGCAAUCAUCUCCUACUGUUUGAAAGCACAUUGAGGGCACAUUAUUUUAGCUCUAUCGUCGGUCUCACAGAAUUAUCAAUUAGUAACUGCAAACUACUACACAUUCCAAACAACACUUUUAAUGAUUUAAGAAAAUUGAGGAGGUUAAAGCUUCGAUCGAAAAACUUCGAGUGGAGUCCUACCAAGAAUCUCGAGUUAUCUUUGAACUCAUUCAAUGGAUUAUCGGAAUUGCAGGCGUUAGAUCUCGCUCAAAAUAACAUCAAGUUUGUUCCUUCCGGCGUGUUCUGUUCUUUGGAAAACUUGAACACUUUGAACUUGACGCAUAAUAGAAUAAAGACCGUCGGCCAGAUUGGAUUUGGACAAGGCUGCGGUUCAAACCUUCAUAACUUGGACUUAAGUCAUAAUGAAAUUAAAUCACUGCCAGCUGACUCAGAACUUUUGAAAUUAAGAAGUUUGCAGCAUCUAUUUUUACAGCAUAAUAAUAUAACGGACAUAUCAAGCGAAGCAUUUGAUGGCCUCGUAUCUAUGAGGGUUCUCAACAUAUCACAUAAUCGAUUACAUACAUUACCUGCGGGAAUAUUUGCGAAUGCGAGAGAGUUGAGAGAAAUCUACCUCAAUGACAAUUCUCUGUUUGAACUAGCAGGUGGAAUUUUUAAUCGGCUUGAACAGUUGAUUGUUUUGGAUCUGUCGAGUAAUCAGCUUACCAGCAAUCACGUUGAUGAUGGAACAUUUCUCGGUCUGAUUCGCCUAAUAGUUUUAAAUUUGUCCAACAAUGCGUUAACACGAAUUGAUGGGAAAACAUUCAAAGACUUGUUUGUAUUACAAAUAUUAAACUUGAAAAACAACUCAAUCGGAUACAUCGAAGACAAUGCUUUCCUGCCUUUGUACAAUUUACAUACAUUAAAUUUAGCCGAAAAUCGUUUACAUACAAUCGAUGAAAAUUUAUUUAAUGGCUUGUUUGUUCUUAGCAAAUUAACACUCAAUAAUAAUUUGUUAGUGAACAUUGAUAGAAAAGCUUUUAAAAAUUGUUCCGAUUUGAAAGAAUUAGACUUGAGCUCUAAUCAAUUACUUGAUGUUCCGGAUGCUUUGUGGGAGCUGCCUUUUUUGAAGACUUUAGAUUUAGGCGAAAAUCAAAUAUCAGACUUUAGAAAUGGUUCAUUUAAGAAUCUUAAUCAAUUAACCGGAUUAAGACUUAUCGAUAAUCAGAUUGGAAAUCUGAGUGUUGGCAUGUUUUGGGAUUUACCAAGCUUACAAGUGCUGAAUAUAGCGAAAAACAAAAUCCAAGCCAUAGAAAGAGGGACAUUUACACGAAACGCUCAACUGGAAGCUAUAAGACUAGAUGGAAAUUUUUUAACGGAUAUCAACGGUGUGUUUUCAACUUUAUCCAGUCUGCUGUGGCUCAACUUGUCUGAAAAUCAUCUUGUGUGGUUCGACUACGCGUUUGUGCCUAGUAAUUUAAAGUGGUUGGACGUUCACGGCAAUUUUAUAGAACACUUGGGCAAUUAUUACAAAUUGCAAGACGAAAUUCAUAUAAAAACUUUGGACGUUAGUCAUAAUAGAAUAGUGGAAAUAUCGCCUAUGGCCAUACCUAACAGUGUCGAGUUACUUUUUAUUAAUAACAAUUAUCUAAAUAGUAUUCAUGUGAACACUUUUUUCGAUAAAAAGAAUCUAACGCGUGUGGACAUGUACGCCAAUGAACUAGUGCAUUUAGAAUUAAAUAGUUUACGCUUAUCAACCGUUCCCGGUAAUAGAACGCUGCCGGAGUUUUAUGUCGGCGGUAAUCCAUUCCAGUGUGACUGUACGAUGGAGUGGCUUCCAAUAAUAAACAAUAUGACCGCGAUGAGACAGUACCCGCGUGUGAUGGACUUAGAAAAUGUUAUGUGUAAAAUGACGAACACUCGUAGUGGUACCCAUGUUCCCUUGCCUAACCUCAAAACUUCGGACUUUUUGUGCGAAUAUGAAACUCAUUGUUUUGCAAUUUGCCAUUGCUGUGAUUAUGACGCGUGUGACUGUGAAAUGACUUGUCCACAAAAUUGUACCUGCUAUCACGACCCGUUGUGGAAUACUAAUGUCAUCGACUGUUCCGGCCAAUCGUCCAUGGAGAUACCGCAUAAAAUACCCAUGGAUGCAACUGAGGUAUUCCUAGAUGGUAAUAACAUAAAAGAGUUACAAAAUCAUGUAUUUAUUGGACGACAAAAGAUGAGAUCUCUCUAUGUAAAUAAUAGUAAUGUAGAUAAUAUUCAAAACAGAACAUUUGCGGGCCUCAACGCUUUAGAGAUCUUACAUUUAGGAAACAAUAAAUUGAAAGAACUAAACGGCUAUGAAUUUCAUCAACUCAGUAGUUUGAAAGAAUUGUUCCUACAAAAUAAUUUAAUAAGCCAUAUCGCAAACAUAUCAUUUCUCUCUUUGAAGUCGUUAGAAAUGUUACGCUUAGAUGGGAAUAGAUUAGUGGACUUUGAUGUGUGGACGCUUAGCAGUAGUCCUCAUUUGAGAGCAUUAUCGCUCGGUAAUAAUUUAUGGUCAUGCAAAUGCCGUUACUUACAAGAACUGACUUUAUAUUUGGCUGAGAAUGCACAAAAAAUUGUUGACAUUACCGACGUGUGGUGUUGGAACGGUGACGCGCGGCCGCCACAGAAAAAAGAGCUUAAUUUAAACGGCACCGCCUGCAGCGAUUAUUAUGCCGAUAAUAACUCCGCCAUCGGAAGUAUGUUAGUGUCAAACUAUGUUCCCAUGAUGGUCUCGACGCUUACCGGCUUUAUGUUAAUUUUAUUAGCCCUUGUCGUGCUAUUCCUCUUCAGAGACUCGCUUCGAGUUUGGCUGUAUACUAAUUGUGGAAUUCGAGUAUUUGCAUUAAAUGGCACAUUUGAAGAAACAGAAAAGCUUUAUGAUGCGUAUAUUUGCUACAGCCCUAAAGACGAAGAAUUCGUUAUACAAUCAUUAGCUAAUGAGUUAGAAAAUGGAAAUCCGUCUUACCACCUCUGUCUUCAUUAUAGAGACAUACCGCACCACGGCGCACAAUACAUGCAAUGUGCGCCGCCGGUGGUCGAGGCAGCGGAAGCUUCUAAACGAGUAAUACUAGUGCUAACAAGAAACUUUAUGCAAACAGAAUGGUCUCGGUACGAAUUCCGACAAGGGCUCCACGAAGCACUAAAAGGAUGCAUUUAUAAAUUAGUUCUAAUAGAAGAGUGCUCCGUGGUUGCGGACGCAAUGUGCGACCCCGAUUUGCGGCCGUAUCUAAAAACAGGGUCCCGAUUGCGAUGGGGACAAAAGAGAUUUUGGGAGCGGCUCAGGUACAUGAUGCCAGACGCGUUGCAUCCCAACCACAAGACGCGAACGCAUAAUUAUAGAAAAAAUAUCAACACGUAUACUUUAGAUUCAUCUGUACCGAGCGGGGGUAAUAGAACAUUACCAUAUCCCGAUAAAUCGCCUGUGAUAAGUGGCUCGGGGCAGGGGGCUAGCGCGCCUCCUGAGUAUAGUACUGAAGUACGACAAUCGCCUUCGGCGGUGAGACAGACGCAGGGAGUAGCGUACGGCCCCGAUGGGAGGCCAAUAUCAGAUCAUAUUUAUUCGUCAAUAGAUUCUGACUAUUCAUCGUUAGAACACGGCAUGGCACCGGGGCGAAGACGAGACCUUCGUCAGUGGCCCCCUCCACCGCCAUUAGUUGACACGGGCAAUGCCGUACAAGCUUACCUAGUCUAGGAGCUUACAAGCUCAUUCUCAGUCACAUUGUAAAUAUUUCCCUAGAUGUUUAUAUGUUUAUGUAAAUAUUGUAAUUAUUAGUUAUUAAGUGCUAAACCAAAAUUUUAUGUAAGUGAACUUAUUAUUGCCUGUUUGUUAUUCUGUGCAUAGGUUUCGUAAUAAAUUUAUAAAGACUGCUGUAGCAUAUUGUAAUAUUGUAAAUAGCAAAACCAAGUGAUGAUACUACAUGAAUAUCAGUAAUAUUGCGUUAUUUAUACAAAUAAAAAAUAAAAUGAUGAUGAUUUAUA